AUGACGAGCCUUCUAUGGAUAUGCGUUUUGCUUUCUAUCCCAUUGCUUGUAGUCUAUGGGUCACCAACUACCAUUGAAAAACCAAACAUUUUGUUCAUAUUCACCGAUGACCAGGAUCAAACAAUGGGAUCACUCGAUUUUAUGCCAAGGUUACAAAAGUAUCUUGUUAAAGAAGGUACACUUCAUAGAAACCAUUUCGCUACAAUUUCCCUUUGCUGCCCAAGUCGCGUUGGACUCUUGAGAGGACAAUACGCCCAUAAUACAAAUAUCACCAAUGUUUAUCCUCCUUACGGGGGCUACGAUCGGUUCAAUGAUUUGAAACUUGGUAAUGAUUACUUGCCAAUAUGGAUGCAAAAAGCUGGUUACUCCACACACUAUAUAGGCAAGCUGAUGAAUGAUUAUUCGAUGACAAAUUACAACAAGCCAAUACCAGCAGGAUUUGAUUAUCAAGACCAGCUGGUGGAGCCGUACACAUACAUUUUUAACACCCCUGUGUUUUCCAAGGAUGGAAACGCCCCUGUUUACUAUCGAGACAUGUAUCAGACGGAUGUGAUCCACCGGAAGGCAUUAGCAGUACUAGAAAGCCAACGAGGCGUAGACAAGCCAUUCUUUCUCUGGGUGGCCCCUACAGCACCUCAUGGCCAAUUUUAUGUGCGUAAAGAUGAUGAUGGGAAAACUACGGUUGUCAAAACCGAGCCGCCUGAACCAGCAGCUCGACAUUCUCAUAUGUUCAAGGAUGUUAAAGUACCUCGCAAUCCCAACUUCAACCCAGCCAAGUUGACAAAAACUGCAUCUUAUUGGAAACGUAUGCAUCGGCUCAAUCAGACCGAAAUUGAUCAAGUGGAUCUUGCAUAUCAAAAACGGCUCCAAUCGUUACAAUCCGUGGACGAAAUGAUUGAAUCUUUGGUGAAAGAGCUUGAUGCCCAAGGGAAGCUCAACAACACGUAUAUCAUUUACAGCUCAGACAAUGGAUUUCAUCUUGGCCAGCAUCGUGCAUUUGCAGGUAAAGGGACCAAUAUUGAAGAAGAUAUCAGUGUACCUUUCAUUGUUCGAGGACCAGGUGUUAGGCGAGGCCAUAUUAGCCACGUGGUGAGCUCGCAUAAUGACCUUGCAUCGACCUUUUUAGCACUUGCUCAUGAGGAUGAGCUCAUACCUGAAUGGGUUGAUGGUGGUGUCAUGCCAUUGACAUCAGCUUUAGAGAACCACCCUAAACAAGCACCUAAGGAAAGCUUUGCGGUGGAGUUUUGGUCCAAUCUUUAUCUAUCAUUUAAACCACAACCUGAAGCAAUGAUUCAUGGAGGAAACACGUAUAAAACCCUUCGGCUCAUCUCUCCCCAGUAUAACUUAAAAUAUGCGGUUUGGUGUACGGGGGAGCACGAGCUGUACGAUCUAAAUGUUGAUCCAUUCGAGACCAACAAUCUUUUUGAGACACCGGAGCAGCAAUCCAAUGCCACCAUGAUACGCUUGACAGACCGCCUGGAUGCCCUUUUGUAUGUUCUCAAGUCUUGUUGUGGCUCCACAUGUCGCGAUCCGUGGUCAGCAUUACAUGGGGAAAAUACGCUGGUGAAAUCGCUUGCUGAUGCUUUGCACCCAAAACAUGAUGUCUUUUACAAGCAAUUUAUCCAUAUUGGUUUCAAUGAAUGCCUCAACCACUUUUCGAUAACCAAUGAAGAAAUGCAUCAAGCGCCUUAUGACACGAAAAGCGCCUUCAAAGUGCCUACAUCGAACCAUGACAUAUGCCCGAUACAUCCAGAAGAUGGAUCUAGAUCUUCUUUGACCAAGCGAAAUGAUACAUCCAAUCAAAAACCCAUGAGCCAAAAAUUCAUCAAUCCUAUACCAUCAAACGAGGUAUAUGAUCUCUUCCAUUUGGUUCCCCAACCAUCAGCACCAGUCGGCCUCAAGGUACCCACAGCAGAUGAAUUGAAUGUUUGCUCGCAACCUGUGCCUCAGCAAUUGCUAGAAAAGCAAGUUGAGUGGCAUAGUUACGGGUUUUAUAACGCAUACGGAAACUAG